CGCCUUUCCUAGUCUCGCCUGCAUCCGGCGCGCGGCUCUGCCUGCAGCUAGGUCCGCAUCUCUGCGCUCGCUCUGAUCCGAGUUCGCCCGCUUGGGUCCGCCGUCCGCGUCCGCAUCCUCCCGGCCCCGCGCUCACCAUGGCUCAGGUUCUCAGAGGCACCGUGACUGACUUUCCUGGAUUUGAUGAUCGGGCUGAUGCGGAGACGCUUCGGAAGGCCAUGAAAGGCCUGGGCACCGAUGAGGAGACCAUCCUGACUCUGUUAACGUCCCGAAGUAAUGCUCAGCGCCAGAAGAUUGCCGAGGCCUUUAAGACUCUGUUUGGCAGGGAUCUUCUGGAUGACUUGAAAUCAGAACUGACUGGAAAAUUUGAGAAAUUAAUUGUGGCCCUGAUGAAGCCCUCCCAUCUCUAUGAUGCCUAUGAGCUGAAGCAUGCUCUUAAGGGAGCUGGGACAAAUGAAAAAGUUCUGACAGAAAUUAUUGCUUCAAGGACAUCUGACGAAAUAAGAGCCAUAAAAGAAGUGUAUGAAGAAGAGUAUGGCUCAAGCCUGGAAGAUGACGUGGUGGGGGAUACAUCAGGGAACUACCAGAGAAUGUUGGUGGUCCUCCUUCAGGCAAACAGGGACUCUGAUGCUGGAAUUGAUGAAAAUCAGGUUGAACAAGAUGCUCAGGCUCUGUUUCAGGCUGGAGAACUGAAAUGGGGGACAGAUGAAGAAAAAUUCAUCACCAUCUUUGGAACACGAAGUUUGUCCCAUUUGAGAAGAGUGUUUGACAAGUACAUGACUAUAUCAGGAUUUCAAAUUGAGGAAACCAUUGACCGGGAGACUUCUGGUAAUUUGGAGCAGCUACUGCUUGCUGUUGUGAAAUCUAUUCGGAGUAUUCCUGCCUACCUUGCAGAAACCCUCUACUAUGCUAUGAAGGGAGCCGGGACAGAUGACCAUACCCUCAUCAGAGUUAUGGUGUCCAGGAGUGAGGUUGAUCUGUUUAACAUUAGGAAGGAGUUCAGGAAGAAUUUUGCCACCUCUCUUUAUUCCAUGAUUAAGGGUGACACAUCUGGGGACUAUAAGAAAGCCCUGCUGCUGCUCUGUGGAGGAGAGGAUGACUGACGUGCUGCUGGGGAGUGCCUUCCCGGCCCUGUGCCGGCCCCUGCCCCACCGCCUUCCCCACACUUGCAGCUCAGCUUCCAGAAGCCAGCGCCCACCACCUUGCCUUACUCACUGUAGCACGCUGCUGAAUAAGGAGGAGAAGAUAGUGGUGCUUCUGUUUGCUCUUCCAGUGAGACCCUCCUGCGUCUGACACUUGCAGUACUGAAGUGCAUUACGUUACUAUGUCAAGUGCCUGCAUCCUUCGUAGUUUUCUCUAAAAGGGCAGAUCGCUUUUAGCCUUUUAUAAAGCUUCAUGUAUAUUAAAUUCAUAACCAUAUUACCUUUAGCAGAACCUUAGCCUUAAAAUUGUGAACUCCUGGAAAUGUUAUUAAUCAAGUUUACUACUCAAUUAAACCUACAAAACUAUGGUAAAAGAUUAAUGACAAAUAAACAUUUCUUUCCCUCUGAA